AUGGCGACUCCUUCACAGACAAACCCCGACGAUAACAAAGUCCCUCAGGAGACCACAUUGGGCACCAGCAUCAGCCAUGCCUACGAUGGUGAGGUCCUUGGGGAAAUUGACGAGGCGUAUCUACGUGCUCCGAAGUUCUCAAAAUUCUACAGGGGUGUCUUGUUCCAGAUGAUCCUCUUUGGCGCCCUUUCGUUUGUUGGCCCGGCCAUGUCUGACGCCAUCUCCAACCUUGGAGGUGGUGGACUCUCCACACCAUACCUUGCAAACUUGGCAAACGGACUCCAAUACGCGGCUGGAUGUUUGCUCACGCUCUUCGGCGGUCCCUUGAUCAACAAGUUUGGUAUCAAAUGGUCCUGCAUCGUUGCAGCAGUGGCGAUGCCUCUUGCUGGCUCUGCCUUCUAUGUCAGCGCUAGGUACCAUGUUGACUGGUAUCUCCUCACCGCAAGGGUGAUCGGAGGGUUCGCAUCAGGCUUCCUCUAUGUUGCUGAGACGACCGCUAUGUUAUCAUACCCCAAGGCAAACGACAGGGGCUUCUAUUUGGGUAUCUGGUCUGCCAUGCGAAACUCGGGCAGCGUUAUUGGCGGCGCCAUCAACUUUUCCAACAACCACUCCCAGGCUAAUUCAGGAGGCAUUGCCUGGUCUACGUACCUCAUCUUUGUUGGAUUCGGUGAGUCUCGUCAUCCAGAUGCAAGCCAGAGUGGCCGUGGUCAACGCGUCUAA